AUGGCGGGCCAGCGUGUUACCUAUCGCCGUCGCAACCCCUACAACACUCGGUCCAACCGGACUCGAAUCAUCAAGACCCCUGGUGGCGCCCACCGUGUCUUGCACGUCAAGAAGCGCGGCACUGCCCCCAAGUGCGGCGACUGCGGCACCAAGCUGCCUGGCAUCCCCGCCCUCCGCCCCCGCGAGUACUCCCAGAUCUCCAAGCCCCAGAAGACCGUCCAGCGCGCCUACGGUGGCUCGCGAUGCGGUAACUGCGUCAGGGACCGCGUCGUCCGCGCCUUCCUGAUCGAGGAGCAGAAGAUCGUCAAGAAGGUCCUGAAGGAGGCUGGCCAGAGCGAGAAGAAGAAAUAA